AGAGAGAGAGGGAGAGGGAGAGAGAGCAGCAGAUGCUCUUCUGCACAGCCUGCAACACACUUCCAUAAAGGACAGACUGCACGUGGGACAGUGUGUGUCUGAGGGACGGCCGCAAACAUCUCGCAUGUCCUCUGGAUUUGGACACUGAGCAAUAAUCCUCUCGAGGGAUAAAAAAAAAGGACACCGGACGCUUCUGCAAACCACCGUAGACGUCAAUGGGAGAAUCUCCAGAGCGGCACGUUUUGUGCUUCUGAGUUUGCAGGGGGAGAAGAUCGAGUCUCCAUCGGUGGAGGUCGGAGGGUCGCCGUCCCCGCCCCCCCCUGGGACCAGAGAGACGGUGAUUCUCUAUGGUGAAGAUGAGUCUGGAUCCCGUACAGGUGAAGGAGCUCAAUGUUUCCCCUUCGCCCAACGGGGACAGCAGAGCAUCAUGGGAGGAGGAGGAGGUGGAGGAGGAGGAGGAGGACCGCUUGGGCAUCGCCACCAAGACUAAACCAGUGACAGGGAGACGAGCCCGGAAGGUGGAGGGAGGCGUGUUUUUUCCAAAGCCAGAGAACGCCGUGACCGUGGCGGUCUCUUCUCGCGUCUUGUUUCGCACCGAGCUGGAGCAGAGGGUGUUUGAGCAGAAAGGCGUGGAGGAGUAUCUGAGGUACCAGAUCGAACACGAGAACGAACCCUUCGCCCCUGGACCCGCCUUCCCCUUUGUCAAGGCCCUGGAGACGGUGAACGCUCGCCUGCGGGAGCUGUACCCUCAAAGCGAGGAGCUGUUCGACAUCGUUCUGGUGACGUACAACCACGCCCACGUGGGGAUCCGCCUCAUCAACACCAUCAACCAUCACAACCUGUUCAUCGAGCGGUUCUGCAUGACGGGGGGAAGCAGUCCCAUUGGCUACCUGAAGGCCUGGCAAACCAACCUCUACCUGUCCGCUGACGCCGACAAGGUCCGGGAGGCGCUGGCUGAAGGCAUCGCAGCAGCCACCAUGUUUAUGACGGAGAAGCUGACGGAGGUGUCGGAGUCCCAGCUCAGGGUGGCCUUCGACGGAGACGCCGUCCUCUUCUCCGACGAGUCGGAGCGCAUCUUCAAGGCUCACGGGCUGGACAAGUUCUUCCAACACGAGCAGGACAACGAGGACACGCUACUAGAUCACGGCCCCCUGAAGGGCUUCCUGGAAGCUCUGGGGAAGCUCCAGAAGAAGUUUUACGCCAAAGGCCAGCGCCUGGACUGUCCCAUCCGAACGUACCUGGUCACGGCUCGCAGCGCGGCCAGCUCCGGGAUCCGGGCGCUGAAGACGCUCAGGGCCUGGGGCCUGGAGAUCGACGAGGCCCUGUUCCUGGCGGGGGCGCCCAAGGGCCCCAUGCUGGAGAAGAUCCGGCCCCACAUCUACUUCGACGAUCAGAUGUUUCACGUGGAGGGCGCGGCCGAGAUGGGCACCGUCGCCGCCCACGUGCCCUACGGCGUGGCGCAGAAACACAACCAGCCGCAGAAACCCGGCGCCAGGAAGUAGAGGGCGGGACCUCAGGCACUCAGAUGCCCCUCCUCCCCCCCUCCCUCCUCAGGGGAGCGAGGAACAUCACAACGGCCAAAUGGAGCUGAGAGGCGUCAGAGGGCAUGCGAGGAAGAACUCGCACUGAGUUGAAUGUGGCGACGUUUGUUCACGGGGGGAAGCGGGUCGGCUCCACCUUCACGCUGGCAGGUGUCAGAUGAAGGAUGGCCACGGUCUUACAUUUCAAACCCAAAGCUUAAGUGUUUUGUCAAAUCUUGGUGGAUUUUCGAAGGUGCUCGGUGAUCUUCUCCAGCGUGUCACCAACAAAUGAGCCGAAAGCACAAUGCGGAUCUUUUAGAAGGUUGAAGGUUAAAAGUUAAACGGACAAAGAGAUGAAAAUCUCUCAAUAUGUGAUGCGUUUUUUCUCUAAGAAAACAAAACACCUGCGCUUUAAAUGCAUCAUCAGGAAAGUCACGAGGUGAAGUGUCAGUGAUUCCGCACAACGUGUUGUGUGUUACUGGAGAUAGAAAAGCCGUACGUUUCAGUCGGGGCCUUCGUUUCAGUGAAGACGCCGUUCUCAGCCCGUCGGGUGGAUCGAUAAAAGUUCAGCACAGACGUUUAUAGACUUUUGUCACACUUGUAAAAAAAAUGGGAGUCCUGCAACACAGUUGAGGGAAGAAGAGCGCUGAAAUCUAGAGAUACUCAAAGCAGUAGCAUGCAAAAGCGAGAUGUCUACAAUGAAGUACAUAAUAAAGUGUUAUUUUUUAUUUACAACAUCGCGGCUCGGGCUACAUUUUGCACCACGCGAGACUAAGCAAAGUUGUAUCGGUGCUUCAGCCUUCCGGUGUGUAUAACAAGCAGACGCUCUUAUUGCCGCAGGGUGAUAUUUCUGGCAUCAGCAGCGAGGGCCUCAACCGGCAGCCGUCUUCACGCCGCCGCCCUCUGCUGUCGCGCCUCUGCUCAGCCGCCAUCGAAACGCUUCCACCGAUAAAACUGCAUCCGACCUUCAGUUUUGACCUUUUGAUAUUCGUCUUUCGCUGACGAAACGGCCUCUUGGUAAAUGAACCCACGUCACGUCACUGUGACCAGCGAUCAGCCAAUUUAACUUCACGUUGAAGAGAUGUGGAGUCUUUGGGCAGAAUGAGGUCCGUUUGGACUUUAUAUUCAGAAAUAAAUUAAUGAAGAUCCCACAAAAGAAAGAUAAAUAACAAGUCCAUCAACACUAAUGUAGUGUCUUGCUUUACACGGAUUGUGCACUUCUUCACUCUACCAUUGAGUGGCAGCACUUGAAUGAUAAAUGACCUUCUGCAGCUGCAUUCACAUGUUUUUAUUUAGGUAUUAGUGUUGGGAAAUCCUCCCAUGUUAUAAACGUUGUCUAGAAACAAAUAAAUUAAAUAUUUUCCUCUUCA